GCUAAAUUUAUAUUUUUAUCGCUGCGGCCAAAACAGACUUCGGGCCAAAUUAGCAGUAAAACAGCAGCCAUUUCUCAUUCAGACGACUCGUGUGGAAACAGUUUUUCAGACAUCCAACGGCUUCGGCUGAAACCUCAAGUUGUCACAGUCACUUGUUUGCCGUCCGUUGGCGAGGUCGCAACUAGAGUCUCAGUCGCGUGAAUACGAACUUUAGAAAACCACACUUAUAUAGAAAAAACCACUGAAAAUGCCAAUAAAUUGUGAAUUUAACUUAUCGCGUGCCGCUGCCAUUUAUUACAACGGCGAGCAAAUUUCGGGAUCACUCACUGUGACAGUCGCGGGGAAAAAAAGUUUCAAAUUAGAGGGCGUGAGUAUCACUCUUCAUGGCGUCUCGACGGUCCACUGGCGGGAGUCACUUCGAGGUCCGCCGGAAAUCGAACACAAUGAUAGCACCGGAAACCUGGAGUGCCCCAAAGUGGAUUUCAACGGCAGCAAGGUGCACAUAAAUCAAACGAAAAAGUUAAGCGAAGUACUUCAACUGGAGCCUGGUACUUUCCGAUUGGGUGACUUCAAUUUUCAGCUCCCUGAAAAUCUGCCAGCCACCUGUAGCCUUCCUUUCGGCAAUGUGGAGUAUGUGCUCAAGGUUGUUCUCGAAAGAAGGGGAACGCAUAACAAAUGCUUUCAGCAGCGAUUGGUGAUACGAAAGUGUGUGGAAUUCGGCGAUCUCAAGCCACAAUAUAUGGAGACUGCGAACAUGGGCCUUACACUGCCUCGAAGUGUUUUUGUUCCGGGUCAAAGUGUAAGCUAUGAAAUCUGUUCCAAAGAUGGAGUCCAGGACUUCCGUAUCCGCUUGUGCAAAAGAAUCAGCUACACUAGUCAGCAACCAAGUGUCAAAACCAAGGCAGUGACACAAGUGUUGUCCGAGAGUUCGGAACUUAAUGGCAAUCUUCGCCUGCCUCUGACAGCCCCCAUUAUGAGUCACUCAGAUCAGCUGGACCCCAUACAAAUCAGUUAUUACAUUGAGACAUUCAACUUCUUGAAUGCCCCAAUCAAAGUACCCAUUUUCGUUGCCACUGUUGCACCCCCCGUGAAUUCCCAUACGGAAUCGUCGCGACUUUGCUUCGUUAAUAUGGCUCUUAGCCAGAGCGAGCUGCUGAGGCCAAUUAAUCAAUUUCUGGCCAACAGCUGUUCCCGGGAAAUCGACGCCUUGGCGCUGAGCAAACAUUGUGAACGCAUCAAGUUGCUCAAAGGCCCGAAGAGAAAAAAGUCGUACGUGCAUUUAGCUUUGCAAUACUUUUAUAAGAAAGUACUAACCUGACACACGUGCUGCGUCUGGAAUUUCAGUGCCAAGCUAUUGAGAAUUGUAAGAAUUCACAAUAAUUGAACUUGAAAUGCGAUAAA